AUGGUCAUGAGCUUUGACACAAGUGAUCUGCAUGAGAUAGAGGAGCUCGGAGCUCAGAAUAAGCAGACCGGCAUCCUGGCUGCUGCCAAAGUCAUCGACACCAAAAGCGAGGAGGAGCUGGAGGACUACAUGGUGGAGAUCGACAUCCUGGCCUCCUGCGACCACGAAAACAUUGUCAAACUGCUGGACGCUUUCUACUACGAGAGCAAACUCUGGAUCCUCAUUGAGUUUUGCGCAGGAGGGGCUGUGGACGCUGUCAUGCUGGAGCUGGAGCGACCUCUGACGGAGCCCCAGAUCCGUGUGGUUUGCCGACAGACGCUGCAGGCGCUGGUUUACCUCCAUGAAAACAAGAUAAUUCACCGAGACCUAAAGGCCGGGAACAUCCUCAUCACCUUGGACGGACAGGUCAAACUGGCUGACUUCGGGGUCUCUGCCAAAAACACCAAAACACUGCAGAGAAGAGACUCCUUCAUAGGAACGCCCUACUGGAUGGCUCCAGAGGUGGUGAUGUGUGAGACUUCGAAGGACCGUCCGUACGACUACAAGGCAGACAUCUGGUCCCUGGGGGUGACGCUGAUCGAGCUGGCCCAGGUGGAGCCCCCUAACCACGAGAUGAACCCCAUGAGAGUUCUGCUGAAGAUCGCCAAAGCUGAUCCUCCCACGCUCAUGCUGCCCUCGCGAUGGUCUCCAGAAUUCAGUGACUUUCUGCGGCAUUGUUUGGACAAGAAUGUGGACAACAGGUGGACCGCUGCGCAACUUCUACAGCAUUCCUUUGCGGCGAGCUUGGAGGACAGCAAACCGCUGAGAGAGCUGGUAGCUGAGGCAAAAGCCGAGGUCACCGAGGAGAUUGAAGAGCACAAAGAGGAGGAAGAGGAGGAGGAGCCAGAGUCGCGGCCGGGCCACAAACGUGCUCCGUCAGACGUUAGCGUUGCCAGUUCAGAGGACGAGAAGAUCCCUCUUUCCCCCACCAGCUUAGAGUCCGUCCCUGAGAACAUGGAGCCCCUUACUCCAGUCACCCCACUCACCCCUCUCACUCCCCUCACCCCCCUCACCCCCCUCACCCCUCUUACCCCUCUUACCCCUCUUGUCCCCCUGCCUGGUCCUGUUGCCCUACCAGUGGCCAACCAUGUGGAAGAGCCUGCUAUCCCGGAGCAGAAGGAGGUCAUUACAGACACUUCGAUACAACCCGUGUGUAAGAGAGAAGUAACUCCCACAGAUGAAGUGCAAAAGACUGAACCAGAAGCUCCGGCUAAAGAAAUGGAACGACUGGAGCUAGAGCAGGAGGAGAAGGAAGUGGACACCGGAGAGGUCACCACAGACGGUUCAAUACAAACACAACAGGAGACCGAGACGCAAGCUGUGGAAGAAGCAACGUCACCGACAGAAGAGGACGAGGAGCGGUACAAACAUCUGAAUGUCGCGGUCACACUGCCGAACAAAGAGGACGGAGAGAAGGCGCCAGAGAAGGAGGCGGCGAAGGACAAGAAGGAGUCCACCGCAGACAACAGCAGCGUCGAUCUCAACCUGUCCAUCUCAAGCUUCCUGUCCAAAACGAAAGACCCGGUGUCAGUGUCGAUACAGGAGACAAGACGCCAGAGGAAGACGCUGAAGAAAACUCGUAAAUUUAUGGUGGACGGCGUCGAAGUCAGCGUCACCACCUCAAAGAUUGUGACAGACAACGACAUGAAGAACGAGGAGAUGAGGUUCCUGAGGCGUCAGGAGCUGAGGGAACUGCGUCUCCUGCAGAAGGAGGAGCAAAGAGCCCAACAGCAGCUCAGCAACAAACUCCAGCAACAAAAGGAGCAAAUCUACAGACGAUUUGAGCAAGAAACCUCAGGUAAGAAGCGUCAGUACGACCAGGAAGUGGAGAACCUGGAGCGGCAGCAGAAGCAGACGAUCGAGCGGCUGGAGCAGGAGCACACCACACGGCUGCGGGAAGAGGCCAAACGCAUCAAAGCCGAGCAGGACAAAGAGCUGUCCAAGCACCAGAACAUGCUCAAGAACCGCAAGAAGGAGGAGCAAGAGUUUCUCCAGAAGCAGCAGCAGGAUUUGGACAGUGCCCUGAAGAAGAUCAUUCAGCAACACAAACAUGAACUGGCCACGAUCGAGAGGGACUGUCUGAACCACAAGCAGCAGCUUCUCCGAGCUCGAGAAGCGGCCAUGUGGGAGCUGGAAGAGCGCCACCUGCAGGAGAAACACCAGUUGUUCAAACAGCAGCUCAAGGACCAGUACUUCAUGCAGAGACACCAGCUGCUCAAGAGGCACGAGAAGGAGAUGGAGCAGAUGCAGCGUUACAACCAGCGUCUGAUCGAGGAGAUGAAGAACAAGCAAACGCAGGAGAGGACGCGGCUGCCCAAGAUCCAGCGCAGCGAGGCCAAGACCCGGAUGGCCAUGUUCAAGAAGAGUCUGCGGAUCACUGCUGCCACCAUCACCCCAGAGCAGGAGCGAGAGAGGGUCAAACAGUUUGCGGCGCAGGAGGAGAAGCGGCAGAAGAACGAGCGGCUGCACCAGCAACAGAAACACGAGAACCAGAUGAGAGACCUCCAGCUCCAGUGCGACGCCAACAUCAGAGAACUACAGCAGCUGCAGAACGAGAAGUGCCACCUGCUGAUCGAGCACGAGACUCAGAAGCUCAAAGAGUUGGACGAAGAGCACAGUCUGGAGCUGAAGGAGUGGAGAGAGAAGCUCCGGCCCCGGAAGAAGGCCUUGGAGGAGGAGUUUUCGCGUAAACUCCAGGAGCAGGAGGUGUUCUUCAAGAUGAGCGGGGAGUCCGAGUGCCUUAACCCGUCCACCCAGAGCCGCAUCUCCAAGUUCUACCCCAUCCCCAGCGUCCACUCGUCCGGAUCCUAA